GGCUUGGGAAAGGCUGGGCGACGAUGGCCUUCACGGGCACUUCUUUUCUGUCUGCUUUACCCCGCCGCUUCCCGUGAUUCCUCUGUCCGUAAACGUGGAGGCCUCUUUUCGCCGCCCGGAGCCUGGCGCUCAAGGCAUUAAGGCGACUGACUUUCCAUAAUGUUUGGUGGCUAUGAGACUGUAGAAGCAUAUGAAGAUGAUCUUUACCGUGACGACUCAUCUAGUGAACUGAGUGUUGAUAGUGAGGUGGAGUUUCAGCUCUACAGCCAAGUUCAUUAUGCUCAGAAUCUGCAUACUGACAACAAGGAAGAAGGGUGUGAGGAAAAGAACUGUGAGGAGUCUCAAACAGCAGGCAUCGAACCAAACCAGAAGAACUUAAUCAUUCUUUCAGAUAGUGAGGUCAUCCAGCUGUCAGAUACAUCAGAGGUCAUCACAUUAUCUGAUGAAGAUAGUAUUUAUAGGUGUAAAAGAAAAAAUAUUAAAGUCCAAGCACAAGAAAAGAGCCAAAGUCCUGCUUCUCCUCGUUCUAAUAAAUUGGCUAAGAAACGCAAGAGAGAUAAAGAGAAGCCUGAACCUGAAGAGAGAUCAAGCGUGAUCCGAGAGGUCAUGAUCAUAGAGGUCAGUUCAAAUGAGGAGGAAGAAAGUACCAUUUCAGAGAAUGAAAACGUGGAAAGCUGGAUGCUACUGGGAUGUGAGGGAGGAGAUGAUAAAGACAAUGACAUCCUUCUCAACCUUGUGGGAUGUGAGAACACUGAUGCUGAAGGAGAAGAUGGAGUGAACUGGUUCAUCAGUGACAAAGACAUCGAGGCCAAGAUAGGCAAUAACAGAUCAUCUGGAAGAUGGACCAACCGAUACUAUUCAGCCAACAAAAAUGUCACAUGUAGAAAUUGUGAUAAACGUGGCCAUUUGUCAAAAAACUGCCCCUUACCACAAAAAGUCCGGCCUUGUUGCCUCUGCUCAGAGAGAGGACACCUCCAGUAUGGCUGUCCAGCCCGUUUCUGCUUAGACUGCUCUUUGCCCAUGUCUUCUACACACAGAUGUCUUGAAAGAUCUUCCUGGAGAAAACGGUGUGACCGAUGUGAUAUGAUAGGCCACUAUGCUGACGCUUGCCCAGAAAUCUGGAGGCAGUAUCACCUAACGACCAAACCUGGACCACCUAAAAAACCAAAGACCCCUUCUGGACAAUCAGCGUUAGUGUAUUGCUACAACUGUGCACAGAAAGGCCACUAUGGACAUGAAUGUACAGAAAGGCGAAUGUUUAACCAGACGUUUCCAACAUCUCCGUUCAUAUACUACUAUGAUGACAAAUAUGAGAUCCAGCAGAGAGAUCAGAGAAUAAAGCGAAAAGUGAAAGAAAUCCAGAAAAAUGGAGAUUUUCCAAGGCAGUUCAGAAGACCACACAUGGAAGAGACAGAUAAGAGGGGCCACCAUGAUGUGAGAAAAAGCCAUUCCUCAAGGAAGAGCAGCAGGUGGCCUCGAGAAAACAAAGAAACCCGCAAAGAAGUGACCAGGGAUAGAAAACGUGAGAAGCACAGGGGGGCUCACCGGCAUGCUGAUGUGGAUGAAGACUUCCCUAGGGGUUCAAGAUCCCAGUCCUCUGGCAGUGUUGCAAACCAGAAGCCAUCCAGGUUCCAUCACCGUUCAUCCCAUUACCACAGGCUGAGAGAAGAGAGGCUUCUCAGAGAGAGCAAGCGCAGCAAGCCGAAGAAAAGGAAAUGCACGGAGGAUGACAGCAAUGAUAAUUUAUUUCUUAUUAAGCAAAGGAAGAAGAAAACGAAGCUGUGAGGCGGUUUCUGGCCUGGUCUCCGUGUUACACCAUUCUGGCAGCGUUCUAUUAUCUGUUAAAUGAAGGGAGGUUUGGGGCUUUGAUUGCUUAAUUUCAUCCAUACCUAGAGUUGCUAAGCAGAGGCCACAGAGAGUUCCGUUCUGUGUUCGAAGUCUGUUUAUUAGGUAGGAAGGUAAACAUGGAUCUCAGUUCCUGUGGCAAUUCUACUUCAGGUAGGAAAACUGUCUUCUUAAGAAAACCUUUUAUAAAUACUUUAAAAAAUUACAAGCUUUUCAGCUAUAAUUCAUCUGCCAUGUUUGAGGACUUUAAAGCUCAUUGGAAGAGAGAUUAUUACUAAUAUAAAAUCACCUUUUUAGUGUUUUUUUUUUUUAACCACUGGAAAUCAAUGAAAAUCCAAAUACAGCUUUGCUUGCUUCAGAAGCUGUUGGAGUCUCUCUGGACAGACAUCAAAGGCUAGCUGUGAAAAGGGAGCUGUCACUAUUGAAACCUGGAGGAGGCGGAGGAGAGGCAAUAGCAGAAUGAAUGCAGGAUCUGCAGUGUGGGCAUGCAAGACAGAUUUCCUGAGACACAUGGAGGCAUCCUCAAAACUUUAGCAUAAUCACAGUGAGACUGUUUUUAUCAGUUUACAGCUGUACUUCAAGAAAUAGAGAUGAAUAUUACCCAACUGAAUUUGUUUCAUGGAUCUUUUCGAAUACCACAAAGCUAUUCAGAAUCUUUUGUACUUGUGAACCUUUUUUAUAAUUGUGAAAGCCUAAUGUUAGAAUAAGAAAAAUAAAAUGUCUGAAACAGUGA